GUUUUAAGUAGUACGCCAUUUUGCCGCCAUUCGAUUCAUUUGCAACAAUGUCUGAUUCCGAAAAUAAAGAUGCAGACCUGUCUCCAGAGCCUGAAGAAAACAUAAAGAAGCCUGUUAGUAUGGAUGUGGGAGGUGGUGACAACAGUAACUCUAAGGAAGAAGUUAAAAAUGAUAUGCCAGCGAUCGACAGUCCUCCAUCAUCGGAACCAAAUACUCCAAAUAAAAACAACACACCUGUCACGUCACCUAAAAAAUCCAAAAAGAAAAAAGUUGUGACUUCACCAGAUGAAGAGGAAGAAUUGCCUCCCGGAUUAUUAGAAAGACCAGUUAUCAUAGAAUCAGGAAAAAGAGAAAGGAAAAAGACUGAUAGACUUCCAGCUGGAGGAAACUUUACACCAAGUCAGAAAAAGAAAAUUGAAAUACCUGAAGGAAAGGGAACAAAAUUAGGAGAAUGUCCAAGAAUUGAACAAAAACUACAACAAAAUAAAGCUGAUGAUCUCAAAUUUUUACACAGAUUAUUAUUUAACAGACAAGGCUCUGCUCAGGAGAUAAAAAAGAACAUCAAACAGUUUUGUGGGUAUGCGUUUGAAUCUGGAGAUAAAGAAUACGAUAAAAAGAUGGCAGUUAUAAACAAAUGUACAAUUUCUCAGUUAAAGUCAGCUUGUGGUAUAUUAGAUUUGGAAAGAACUGGUCAGAAAGUGGAUAUUGUUUAUCGAUUAAUGGCUUUUCUUCUUCAUCCAGAAAACUCGGGGAAACCAUUACCAAAACCAAAGCCCAAGCGCUCAAGUAGUGGUAAGAAAGCUAAAGGAGAAAAACGUAAACGAUCAAGUAAAAAAGAAGGUAAGAAAACGAAAUCUAAAGAAGAUGUUGAUUUAUCAGAUGAUGAUGAUGACGAAGAGGAUAAUCAUGAAGAUAAAAGUGCGGAUGAUGAUGAGAAUGUGAGUGAGGAAGAGGAAGAGGAAGAAGUGGCGCCACCAAAAAAGAAAGUAAAACAUAAUAAAACACCGAAAAAAGUAAAACCCAAAGCCGAUAAAAGUAAAGAAAAUGGCAAAAAAGAAAAAGCAGCGAAGAAAAAGAAAGUGGUUGUAGAGUCUGAUGAUGAAAGUUCAGAUGAUGAACCAUUAAGUAAAAUAAGUUCUGAACCUCCAACUAAUAGUGAAAUAAAAGUAGUUAUAGAGAAAAUAUUAGAUGGAGCUGAUUUAGAAGAAGUUACAAUGAAAACAGUAGUUAAACAGGUUUAUGCUAAAUAUCCUUCCUUUGAUUUAUCUGAUAGAAAAGACUUUAUUAAAAGCACAGUUAAACAAAUAAUAUCGUGAGAGGGUAUAAUAAAGAAGUUAUAUGGUAGUUAUUUUGGGCAGCUUAUUAUGAAGAUGAACAAUAAUUGAGGAGAAUGAACCACAAAUGAAAGAUAAAAACUUGUUAGUUUUAAGUUAUAUAUAGUCCAAUCUGUUUAAAACAGGGCGAUUUAUUUUAUGAUGAGUUUGACAAUGUUAAGAAUUCGAAUGUUAAAUGAAUUGUGUUGUGGUAUAAUUAACACAUUAUCGGUUCAUUUGAUUUUCCUUGUUGUAUCUAUCCAGUUUUAAGUUGUUUUCAAUCAUGCAUAUAGAUUGCAUUUGUAUAGUUAAUCAUUGUACUAAUAUAUCAACAUUUUAACGAACACCUUAAAAGGAUCAUUUGUUUCAUUAAAUCAUGUAUUGAUUCACUCAUUUGUGUAUUGUUUAGUUAUUAAGACAGAAUAGUACUUUCUAUUUGUCGUACAUUUGUUUACUCCACUGCCAUGUUAGUUUCAAGAUAUUGGUGUAUCAAUAAAAUGAAUAUCUUGGGAGCUAUCAUUAAGGCAAGACUCCAUUGGCGAUUUAUUUUAAGCUAGAAACGACCUGUCAUGUUCUUUUUGUGGCUGGGAUUCUAUCAAGUCUGCUGUAGGAUUGUCUGAAUAUCAUCUUCCUGAAAACGAAUUGUAGAUUUGAUAAUGCAAGUGACCAAUAUUUCACUUAUGAAUUACACCAUUUCCAUUAAAAAUUACACCAUUUCCAUUAAGAAUUAAACCAUUUCAUUUAAGAAUUACAAAUGGGCAAUAAAAUAUAGUUCCAAAUAAAUGUACAAAUUGAUUUCCUAAUUCAGAGCAAAAGAAUUUCUGUAUAAAUAAUUAAAUUACUGAUGUGCCAUUUGCAUUUAUCACUAAAAUAUCACAUUUAUCACGGCUUAAUACACACUAAUAUGUACUCAGAUUGAUUAUUUAACAUUUAAUUAAGAAAACAAUAUCAAGAUACCAACGUUAGAUAUUGUCCUGGCAUGGAUUCAAGAGGAUUUAAAACAGGCCUGUUAAUAAAUGUUCUUCUACAACAAAAUGGCAACAGGCUUAUUGCAUAGCGAGCAACUUAGAUCGAUGAAAUUUCAAUUCCACAUAUUUGUUUAACUACUGAAUAGAAUUGAACCGUAUUUGGACUGAUUCGUAUUAGAGAUUCAUCUUUCCCAAUAUUUUAGUUCACAAAGUAUUCCUAUUGCAUAAAAUGGUAUAUUGAGACUUUAAUUCACAGAUUUCAGUUUGAUUAAGUGGGGGUGAUAUGAUGGAUGUGUAAUUACUUGGUCUAAUUUAUACACAGCAGCUUUAUUCAUAUCUACUUAAAUUAAAAUAUUUUAAGAAUCCAGUCUUUUUAUUGGUUAAGAACUAAGAUCUGUACUUUGAUUGUAAAAAUUCUGGCCCCAAGUUCACAAAGCAUUCUUAGACUCAAGUUAAGAAUUUACUCAACUUUCAAUCACUGUUUAUGAGACAUAUCUUUGAUCCAGAAACACAAAACUUUGCACACAGUUUCUUAUUGAUGUAUUUGAUACAUUAAAACAACAAAAGUUUUAUAAUGGGCUAUAUUUUAGUUAAAAUAAGGCGAACAAUUUUGAGUAAAUUCUUAACUUAAGUCUGAGAAUGCUUUGUGAACUGGGGGCCUGGGGCCUUAAAAGAAGUUUUUGUGAAUAAAGUCACAGGUCUAUAGAAUGCAAUUACUGUGCAGUCACUCCACAAAACUGUGUCCUGUUACUAAAGGCCAUGGAAACCGUUUGUUUAAUAUGGUGGGAAUCUAUGAUAAUAUUGAAUUGAUUGAUUUGUUUUAUAAGUAUUCUAUGAAUAUCAGAUGUUUGAUUGUUAAGCAUGUUUACUUUGUUAACCAUAUAUAAAUGUGAAAAGUAUUUUCCCUAGAGGCAUAGGUCAAGAAGUGUGGGAUUUUUUUUUAGCCGGGUUACCAGUUGUCAGGAAUGACAAGCUACAGUCAGGAAAAGAAAAGGCACGGUCAACCUCAACACUGGAGUUCAGAUAACAGACAGAAAUACCAGUGUCCUGACAAAAUUCUCCUCCAUAACAUUGGACAUCUGGCCAUUAGAAAAAAAAUAAUAUUAAGUUAGUCUCAAAAUAACCAGAGUAUUGUGUUGACGAGACAUUAAAAUCCAUUCCUAUCCUUACUGAAAGGAGAAUAGCUACCAUUGUUUCAUAGUUAUUAUGAAAGAAAACUUGAUGUAUCUCCCCCCCCCCCUCUCUUAAAACUGACACAUCUCAUUUAGUUCUUCAUUUGUACAUUUUGUUCAUAGGGCCAUAAGCUGAUAUUCAGUGAGAAAAGGCGGUCUUAAAACGUGCAACAAGGGCAACAAUCAAAACGUGUGCCCAUACUGUUCCGUUUUCCUUAUAAAUUAUAUGUAGUUUGCUUAUAUAAUUUACAACAGCCGAUGUUCCUCCAAACAUAGAGUAUAGAAUAACAUGGUUACUCUUAAUGAUGAUUUGUUUCGAAACUAAGAUUAAUUUUGAUUUUGUAAUAUCUCGACCUCUAAGAAUUGAUUUUUGAAACAAGGGAUUGAAAUUCCCUAAAUGAUGUAUAGAGCUUAAAGAUGUAUUAUUGUGCAAGAGCUAAAUCGACCUAUCACAAGUCUUUUUUCUGGCAUCAAAUGUUAUAUUAAUUCAACAUUUAUUUACAUGAAAAGCCCAUAAUCAACCCUUUUGACCAUAGGGUGGCUUCAGACUUUGUUUAUUAUCAUAGGAUUGGUACUUGAAGAUCAAGACUAUCUUGUCAAAACUUUGCUCAUAAUUAAGUAAUUUAUAGCAAGAACGGCUAGCUCUUUAUGUAAAUCUUACAUAAUGUAUCUUUAAAUUUACACAUUUGUCAUUUUACAGGGUAAUAUGACACAUCAAUUUGUAGCCAAAAAAAUUUGUAUUUCUUUAACUGUAUACAUAUUUAUACUACCAAUUAAUUUUAUUGAAAAUCAAUCAAUGCUUUGAAUACAUAUUCAUUUAGAGUGAGUAUUCAGGAAUUAUUCAGUUGUUACAUGUAGCAUUUAUUAUUAUUUUAUUCAUUGUACACUAGUAGGUCAAACAUAUUUUUAUUACUGUUUUUAAUCAUGUCUGUACAGAAUAUUGAAUAAAAUAUGCUUGAAAAUUA